AAUUCAGAACUUCCCUCCCCGUUCCCCUAUUAUUCGUUUCGUGUUACGACUCUUUCGUAAAUGGCUUCCGGAUCUGUGAAAAGAGAUUGGUCUCUUAAAGAUUUCGAGAUCGGGAAACCCCUUGGCAAGGGCAAAUUCGGCCGAGUCUACCUCGCCCGUGAAGUCAAGAGCAAGUACAUAGUCGCCCUGAAAGUGAUAUUUAAAGAACAGAUUGAAAAGUACAAACUCCAACACCAGCUCAAAAGAGAGAUGGCGAUCCAAAAUAGCCUUCGUCAUCCCAAUGUUCUCAGACUUUACGGGUGGUUUCACGAUUCAGAAAGAAUCUUCCUAAUUUUGGAGUACGCUCAUGGAGGUGAGCUCUAUGGAGAGCUUCGUAAAUCUGGUCAUUUGUCCGAGAAGCAAGCUGCCACUUAUAUUGCUAGCCUUACACGGGCAUUAGCUUAUUGUCAUGAGAAGCAUGUGAUCCAUCGAGAUAUAAAGCCUGAGAAUUUGUUGCUAGAUCAUGAGGGAAGACUGAAGAUAGCAGACUUUGGGUGGUCUGUUAGGUCAAAAGACAAGAGACACACAAUGUGUGGAACAUUAGAUUAUCUGGCACCAGAAAUGGUGGAACAAAAAGCUCAUGAUUAUGCAGUUGACAAUUGGACAUUAGGCAUUCUGUGUUAUGAGUUUCUUUAUGGUGUCCCUCCUUUUGAGGCAGAUAGCCAAGCAGAUACCUUUAGAAGGAUUAUGAAGAUUGAUCUCACCUUCCCUUCAAGCCCUCAAGUAUCUAAGGAAGCUAAACAUCUCAUCACUCGACUUUUGGUGAAGGAUUCAGAUAAAAGGCUUCCACUUGAGAAGAUCUUGGAGCAUCCUUGGAUUAUUGUGAAUGCUGAUCCUGAUGGUACUUGCUCUUAAUACAAGUUGUAGUUUUUAAAUAAGAAUUAAGAUUUAAGACAAACAGUUUUUAUUGGUAGCCAAUAGCAGCUUCUUCUUUUGGUAUCAUUAAGUUGAUUUGAAACUGUAUGUGAAGGGUGUUUAUGUUGUUAGGCCUCAAAGAAAUUUGUAUAAGUGUUAGGAAAAUGAUUAAAGGAUGUUCAAUC